AGAGCCCUGCGUCGGCCGCCCCCGCCCUCCCAGCGAAGGAGGCGGGCUUUGGCCUCUUGCCCUAGGGAGCGAGUGCGGAGGGAGUGGGAGCGAGGCGGCCCGAACGCCAGUGUCUGGCUUCCCGGCGAGGCCUAAGCCGUCCGUCCCGCCGCCCAUGAGCUCCGCGCCCCGCGAGCAGCGCCGUCGUUAGGCCGUCCCCGUCACUCUCUCUCGGCCUCCCCUACCUCCCCGCCCCGGGGCAGCCAUUCCCCUCCCCAUCCCCGUCUGGCCGGGGACUGGACGUCUCGUCGAAGCGCCUUCCCCAGUCCGCGUCGCGCUGCGACCCUGGAAGCGGGCGCCGCCGCCAACGAGAGGAGGAGCCCCGGCCGCGGGGCCCAGCAGCCACUGAGCCAGCAGGCGGGAUCGAGGCCGGCAACAUGGCGAGCGCUUCGUACCACAUCUCCAACUUGCUGGAGAAAAUGACGUCCAGCGACAAGGACUUCAGGUUCAUGGCGACCAAUGACCUGAUGACAGAGCUGCAGAAAGACUCCAUCAAGCUGGAUGAUGACAGUGAGAGGAAAGUCGUGAAGAUGAUUCUCAGGUUGCUGGAGGAUAAAAAUGGCGAAGUGCAGAACUUAGCUGUCAAAUGCCUUGGCCCUUUGGUGAGUAAAGUGAAAGAGUACCAAGUGGAGACGAUUGUGGACACGCUCUGCACCAACAUGCUUUCCGACAAGGAGCAGCUGCGAGACAUUUCCAGCAUCGGCCUGAAAACAGUCAUUGGAGAACUUCCGCCAGCUUCCAGUGGCUCUGCAUUAGCUGCUAAUGUGUGUAAAAAGAUUACGGGACGCCUUACCAGUGCAAUAGCAAAGCAGGAAGAUGUUUCUGUUCAGCUCGAAGCCUUGGAUAUCAUGGCUGACAUGUUGAGCAGGCAAGGAGGACUGCUUGUUAAUUUCCACCCUUCAAUUCUGACCUGUCUGCUUCCCCAGCUGACCAGCCCUAGACUUGCAGUGAGGAAAAGAACAAUUAUUGCUCUUGGCCACCUAGUUAUGAGCUGCGGAAAUAUAGUUUUUGUAGACCUUAUUGAACAUCUGUUGUCAGAGUUGUCCAAAAAUGACUCCAUGUCAACAACAAGGACCUACAUACAGUGCAUUGCUGCUAUUAGUAGGCAAGCUGGCCAUAGAAUAGGUGAAUACCUUGAAAAGAUAAUUCCUUUGGUGGUAAAAUUUUGUAAUGUAGAUGAUGAUGAAUUAAGAGAAUACUGCAUUCAAGCUUUUGAAUCAUUUGUGAGAAGAUGCCCUAAAGAAGUUUAUCCUCAUGUUUCUACCAUUAUAAACAUUUGCCUAAAAUACCUUACCUAUGAUCCAAAUUACAAUUACGAUGAUGAAGAUGAAGACGAGAAUGCUAUGGAUGCUGAUGGCGGGGACGACGAUGAGCAAGGGAGUGACGAUGAAUAUAGUGACGAUGACGACAUGAGUUGGAAAGUGAGACGCGCGGCUGCUAAGUGCCUGGACGCUGUAGUCAGCACACGGCACGAGAUGCUCCCGGAGUUCUACAAGACUGUCUCUCCUGCGCUGAUAUCCAGAUUUAAAGAGCGGGAAGAAAAUGUAAAGGCAGAUGUUUUUCAUGCAUACCUGUCUCUUUUGAAACAAACUCGUCCAGUGCAAAGUUGGCUGUGUGACCCUGACGCAAUGGAGCAGGGAGACACGCCCCUAACAAUGCUGCAGAGUCAGGUUCCCAACAUUGUUAAAGCCCUGCACAAGCAGAUGAAAGAGAAGAGUGUGAAGACCCGACAGUGUUGCUUUAACAUGUUAACUGAACUGGUAAAUGUGCUGCCGGGAGCACUAACCCAGCACAUUCCUGUACUGGUACCAGGAAUCAUUUUCUCACUGAAUGAUAAGUCCAGCUCGUCAAACCUGAAGAUUGAUGCGUUGUCGUGUCUGUAUGUCAUCCUCUGUAACCACUCUCCUCAAGUUUUCCAUCCUCAUGUUCAGGCUCUGGUCCCUCCGGUGGUGGCCUGUGUUGGAGACCCGUUUUACAAGAUCACUUCAGAAGCCCUUCUUGUCACUCAGCAGCUUGUCAAAGUGAUCCGUCCUCUAGACCAGCCUUCUUCGUUCGAUGCAACGCCUUACAUCAAAGAUCUCUUCACCUGCACAAUUAAGCGCUUAAAAGCAGCUGACAUUGAUCAAGAAGUCAAGGAAAGGGCUAUUUCCUGUAUGGGACAGAUUAUUUGCAAUCUUGGAGACAAUUUGGGUCCUGAUUUAUCAAAUACCCUUCAGAUUUUCUUGGAGAGACUCAAGAAUGAGAUUACCCGGCUAACGACCGUCAAAGCGCUGACCCUGAUUGCUGGGUCACCUUUGAAGAUAGAUCUGAGGCCUGUGCUGGGAGAGGGAGUCCCCAUCCUUGCUUCAUUCCUCAGGAAAAAUCAGAGAGCUUUGAAACUGGGGACCCUCUCUGCCCUGGAUAUUCUCAUUAAGAACUAUAGUGACAGCCUGACGGCCGCCAUGAUUGACGCAGUUCUGGAUGAGCUUCCCCCCCUCAUCAGCGAGAGCGAUAUGCACGUGUCGCAGAUGGCUAUCAGCUUCCUCACCACCCUGGCCAAGGUCUACCCCUCCUCCCUGUCCAAGAUAAGCGGAUCUAUUCUCAAUGAACUGAUUGGACUUGUGAGAUCGCCUCUACUGCAGGGAGGGGCGCUCAGUGCCAUGCUAGACUUUUUCCAAGCUCUGGUUGUCACUGGAACAAACAAUCUAGGGUACAUGGACUUGCUGCGCAUGCUAACGGGUCCAGUUUAUUCUCAGAGCACAGCUCUCACUCAUAAGCAGUCUUAUUAUUCCAUUGCCAAAUGUGUAGCUGCCCUUACUCGAGCUUGCCCUAAAGAGGGACCCGCUGUAGUAGGUCAGUUUAUUCAAGAUGUCAAGAACUCAAGGUCUACAGAUUCCAUUCGUCUCUUAGCACUCCUUUCUCUUGGAGAAGUUGGACACCAUAUUGACUUAAGUGGGCAGUUGGAAUUAAAAUCUGUAAUAUUAGAGGCUUUCUCAUCGCCUAGUGAAGAAGUCAAAUCAGCUGCGUCCUAUGCAUUAGGCAGCAUUAGUGUAGGCAACCUUCCCGAGUACCUGCCGUUUGUACUGCAAGAAAUAACCAGUCAGCCCAAAAGGCAGUAUCUUCUGCUUCACUCUUUGAAGGAGAUCAUUAGCUCUGCAUCGGUGGCAGGCCUUAAGCCAUAUGUUGAGAACAUCUGGGCCUUGCUGCUAAAGCACUGUGAGUGUGCGGAGGAAGGCACCAGGAAUGUCGUGGCUGAAUGUCUAGGGAAGCUCACUCUUAUUGACCCAGAAACUCUCCUCCCACGUCUUAAAGGGUAUUUGAUAUCAGGGUCAUCAUAUGCCAGGAGCUCGGUGGUUACAGCUGUGAAGUUCACGAUUUCUGAUCAUCCUCAGCCUAUUGAUCCACUGUUGAAGAACUGCAUAGGUGAUUUUCUAAAAACUUUGGAAGACCCAGAUUUGAACGUAAGAAGAGUAGCCUUGGUCACAUUCAAUUCUGCAGCCCACAACAAGCCAUCACUGAUACGGGACCUUCUGGAUUCUGUUCUUCCACAUCUUUACAAUGAGACAAAAGUUAGGAAGGAACUUAUAAGAGAGGUAGAAAUGGGUCCAUUUAAACACACGGUUGAUGACGGUCUAGACAUUAGAAAGGCAGCUUUUGAAUGUAUGUAUACACUUCUAGACAGCUGUCUUGAUAGACUGGAUAUCUUUGAAUUUCUAAAUCAUGUUGAAGAUGGUUUGAAGGACCAUUAUGAUAUUAAGAUGCUAACAUUUUUAAUGUUGGUGCGACUGUCUACCCUCUGUCCAAGUGCGGUACUACAAAGGCUGGACCGACUUGUGGAGCCACUGCGCGCUACGUGUACGACUAAGGUCAAGGCAAACUCUGUAAAGCAGGAGUUUGAAAAGCAAGACGAGCUAAAGCGGUCUGCCAUGAGGGCAGUGGCGGCUUUGUUAACCAUUCCAGAGGCAGAGAAGAGCCCUCUGAUGAGUGAAUUCCAGUCACAGAUCAGCUCCAACCCGGAGCUGGCAGCCAUCUUUGAAAGUAUCCAGAAAGAUUCUUCGUCCACUAAUUUGGAAUCAAUGGACACGAGUUAGAUGUGUGCGCCCCGUGAGGACCAUUACAUGUGACCGCACAAUGCACUGAACCGACAAGUUGACCACAGACACGGGAGAGAAGUGUCAGAGCUUCAGGACGUUCCACUUUUACUUUCCUUCCCGGGAAGUUUGUUCGGCUUUCUUCCUUCCAUUGUUGUUUUUGUAGCUUUUACUUCAGAAGUCUGUAUUUCCGUAAGCCAGAGGUUGUAAAGCCACUGAUGUUUUUAGUGGUUAGGGCAACAUUUGAAAUGGGAACUAAAGCUUGGAUUUAUGAAAUGUGGAAAUAGGGUCCAGUAUCUGUUUGCCCUGUAAUGUGUAGGAUUAAAAUGUUAAAACUUUAUGACCAUGGAUUUCUUGGUUUUGUAAAUUCUCUCAUUUAAAAUCAAUUCUGCAACACGAAGACCAUGUUUCUUUCCUUGUACAACCUCUUCUUUCAGCGUCAUAAAAUGAUCUUUACCUGGCAGGUAGAUUAUCCAUUUAAGAUAUGUUAUAUUUCAGAGAGAUUGGCAUCUUAGCCAAGAUACUGAAGCAUCACCUAAGUAUACGGCUUAACAAUAUCCCUGUGCACACUGACUUUUGCAUGAACAGGUUUACAAAUAUGUCUUGUCUGUAACAGCAUGUACAGAUUCUUCACAAUACACAUUAAAAUAAGCAGUAGUGCAAUUUUUCAGAUACUUUUGCACACCAAAUAUUAUCUGGUGAAAGAGGAGUUAAUGUUGAAUGUGGUUUUCUAACUGCCAGUGUGAAUUUAUGGAUGUUUCCAGCAAAUCACAUCACAGCAAUUUGCAACUUCUUACAAUUAUAAAUUUCCUUACACAUUUAUGGUUUUCCUCUGUUCCACAGUUUGCGUGCGUGUUCUCAAAGCCAGACUGUUUUAUUCUUGUUGAGUAUCUGCAUUUGUUAUACUGGAGGACAAAAACCUCACCUGUGCAUUCAAGUUUUUGUUUUUAAGAAAUUUCUCAAGUUGCUCAUCACCCCUUUUGUUAGCUAAAGCUUUCUUAGAAUUGAGUCACACCCCCACCUCCCCCAGCCCAUUGGCGAGCUAACUUGCCUAUCGUCUUUGGUAAGUGUUGAGUAUUUGCUGGGCCAGCAAAGCUUUUGCAAUUGUUUCCCUUGUAGUUGAAAUUGUAUCCAACAUUCUGUGAGCUCCUUGCACACUAGCCUCCUUCAUCUUUGAGGUGUUCCUGCCAACAGGAAGAUCUAGGUAUUCUGAAAAUAAGAGCACUCUUCAUUCUGCGCACACGACGUAGUUUACAUGUAUUGGAGGGAGGCAGUUGUUAAAUUGAGUGGUUGGUUUCAAGAACUCCGCUUGAAACCUGCACCGUUGGACUGCCGUAAGGUCGAAUGCACAAUUACUUGUUCCGGCCAGAGCAGACUGUGGCUGUUGGCUUUGAAUGUACAGUGAUGCCAACCAAGGACAUUGAUUGGUACUGGUGAGGCUUUUGAUUAUACAUUGGCUUAUUCUAUGAAGUUGGUGCCAUGGCAAAAUAUGGCAGGUGAUAAUUUUAUACCAUAGUUUGCACAAAACUAAUAGGAAUUUAUUUUAGUAUAUUAUGCACUAUGCAUUACUAUGGUAUAGAUGUGGAUAAAGUUCAGUUUGGGGUUAUGUGAUGUGGUCUCACGGUGGUUACAGUACAGCUCUGGGACUGAACAGGUUUUGACAUUGUGUGUGUUCCAUGACUGUCUUAGUUAAUUACCUAUAGUUAAGCCCCUAAACUUUCAUUGGUUACCCCAUGGUUACAUGUUACAUUCUGUUUUUCUGAGUCUUGCAAGUCAACUCAUUUUCCUACGUCACUAAAUUCUUGUAUGAAGAAAAUCUGCUUUAAUGGUUAAAGUAUCACUACCUAUACACACAGAGCCGAGGAACUAGACACCUCUAUACACAGGCCAUCAGAAGAAGGCUCAGGGCUUCAGUGCUGAGCCACACUGAUGCUGUGGUGAUGUGGUCCACAUCUGGACUGGAAGCAGCAGACCCACUACCACACACACUAGGAAGGUCGGGCUUCUGCCUGCCAGUUCUCAAGUCAGUAGUGCGAGGGAGCAAGCUGGUGGCUAUUCUUAGGAAUAUGUUGAGAUUACUUUAGAACUAUAUGGAGUUUUUAAAAAGAAAGCUCAGUAUGCAUUGCGUUUUGGGUUUAGACUGUCUUAUUAAACUUAGGCAGGAAGAAGUCUAACCUAAGAAGUUAUUUAUAAAGUUAGUAGGAUUGAAUGCAACUAUUUUAAUUGUAUAUUUUAUUAGUGAUAUCUAAAGGCUGCUUAACUGCUAGCAGUUAGAAAUCUGAAAAGAUUGGAAUAUGAUGGUUUUGUUAAAUGUUUGUAUAUUUACAUAAUUUAAUCAUAAUUAAACAACCAAAUGAGUCCUCCUUAGUCUUUACAUUCCUUGGGUAAACAAUAACAUAGGGAAAUAAUUCUAUGGGAUGUUUUGAUAUUUUUGUAUCUAGCUCAGCCUCAGACAUGAAGCCAUGAUUGAAGUUCAAAAUGUUGAAGUAUAGAAAAUCCUCAACUGCUGAAGUUGUUUAAUGUCACUUCAUUUGUUCCUAUGUCUUCAGAGCCCCGUUACUUACAUGAUAACGUGUAUAGGAAUGCUUUGUAAUUGGAGUAAUAUUUUCUGCCCACAUUAAAUUUGACUGCUGCUCUUCAGGAAGCUGAGGCAGGAGAUGAGUUCAAGGCCAGCUUGAGCUGCAUAACAAGACCCUUUGUCAAAAUGGUGUGUCUGUGUGCAUGUGUGUGAGUCUAAGUUAUCCAAAGUUAACGUUUUUGAUAUUUGGAUGCGAAAGUUAAAUGUUCCAACAAGUAAAAUUCCAAUUGUAGUGUUUACUUGAAGUUUCAUCUUAACUCUUAAGCUACUUCUUUAAUCUCUGUGGGGUGGGAAAUUGACAUUUGGUUAUAAAAUGGACCACAGUGGACCUGUGCCAGCAGCUGUCCAAAGCUCACCAGAUAAAGCUGUUUUUUUAGGAGGAACACGAAGUGAAACCAUGUAUGUGUGUGAGUAGCUUGGUUUCCUAGUAAUAGCAAUGGGGAUUUUGUGAAGACCUGUACCAUGUUGUAGGGUUUCAGUAACAUGGUUUUGUUCUUUGUAUGUUAGAAAGGUGGCUUGGCUUCCCCCCGAAGGAUUUGGUUUUCUUAGGGCAUUUUAAUAACCAGUGAUUGUGCUGUUGGGCAUCAGUGAGUCAGAGUCAGAAAGAUUUCAUUUAGUAGGUUAGGGUUCUGUGUUGGAGUCUUCAGGCCUUUAAAUUCUAGUAACAAAUCUCGGGGUGGUUUGGUAAUGUUAUUUUGCUCAGGUCUUCAGAAGAGAGAGACAAGGAAAAACCUUACUUGAAACAAAACUCUUUUUCCCUUUACCAAUGAGGGACGCGGGAGUGCUGGAAUUAGCCUAUCUAGCCCCUUGGUAACAGUGGGUGCUCAGUGAGUGACUUGGGAAUGCUCACACAUAUGAAGGAAAAGCUAUAGAGCUGUACUCUGCAUCAUACAGUGGCGGUCCCGUGUCUUACUCGUCUGUGAUAAGCUAUUACUCUGGAAAGUUACUUUGCUUGUUUCAUAGAUUUUUUUUUUUUCACAUUUAAACAAAACUGCAACUGCUUGCUUAGAUGAGGGCAGCUAAAUGUGUAUGUACCUGUACUAGUGUUAAGACGUGUAUCUGCUUGCAAUCAUUGCCAUAUGUAAACUAAGCGAGGCUUUCCUAAGAGAUGUGGAAAUAAACUCCUGGUUCCUUAUUCUAGAAAUAAAA